AUGUUUCUCAGAGUGGGUCUGGGUGCGCGUGCUCCGCUUCUUGGCGUUUUCCGGCCAGCUUCCAAAGCCACCAUGAGUACUGGCACCUUUGUCGUGUCACGGCCACUCAAUUACCGCAACGGGUCCUACGUGGAGCCAGCCGACUCUUCCGGCACCGAGAAGGCUUUCGAGCCAGCGACGGGACGAGUGAUAGCAACUUUCACAUGUUCAGGAGAAAAGGAAGUAAAUUUGGCUGUUCAAAAUGCAAAGAAUGCCUUUAAAAUAUGGAGCAAAUUUUGUGGCAUGGAGCGUUGCCGAAUCCUUUUGGAGGCUGCCAGGAUAAUAAGGGAACGGAAGGAGGAAAUUGCUACUAUGGAGAGCAUCAACAAUGGCAAGUCCAUCUUUGAGGCCAGGUGGGAUGUCGAUACUUCGUGGCAGUGCCUGGAGUACUUUGCAGGCUUGGCUGCUUCAUUGGCUGGUGAAUAUGUUGCGCUCUCCAAUGGAUCCUUUGGUUAUACCAGAAGAGAACCACUUGGAGUAUGUGUGGGAAUAGGAGCGUGGAACUACCCUUUUCAGAUUGCCUGUUGGAAGUCUGCUCCAGCUCUAGCUUGUGGUAACGCCAUGAUCUUUAAACCAUCUCCCUUCACUCCUGUUUCUGCAUUACUGUUGGCUGAAAUCUAUACUGAGGCUGGUGUCCCUCCAGGGCUCUUCAAUGUGGUGCAAGGAGGGUCUGUCACAGGCCAGCUUCUGUGCCAGCAUCGUGAUGUGGCCAAAGUCUCCUUCACGGGAAGUGUGCCUACCGGCUCAAAGGUCAUGGAGAUGGCAGCGAAAGGAAUCAAACCUGUGACCUUGGAACUUGGAGGCAAAUCUCCACUCAUAAUCUUCUCAGAUUGUGAUUUGCAGAAUGCUGUGAAGGGGGCACUGAUGGCCAACUUCCUCACACAGGGCGAGGUUUGCUGUAAUGGCACAAGGGUAUUUGUACAAAAGGAAAUCCUUGAUAAAUUUACAGAAGAAGUGGUGAAGCUCACCCAAAAGAUAAAAAUUGGAGAUCCCCUUCUGGAGGAUACAAGGAUGGGUCCCCUCAUUAACCAGCCACAUCUGGAGCGAGUCCUUGAGUUUGUUAAACUGGCAAGGGAGCAGGGUGCGAGAGUUUUAUGUGGUGGAGAUUUAUAUGUGCCUGAAGAUCCCAAGUUAAAGGAUGGAUAUUACAUGACACCUUGUGUAUUAACUAAUUGCAGAGAUGACAUGACUUGUGUGAAAGAAGAGAUCUUUGGACCUGUUAUGUCCAUCUUAUCAUUUGACACUGAAGCCGAGGUUGUGGAAAGAGCCAAUGAUACCAGUUUUGGACUAGCAGCUGGUGUCUUCACCAGGGAUCUCCAGAGGGCUCAUCGCGUGGUGGCUGAGCUUCAGGCUGGAGUGUGCUUCAUUAACAACUACAAUGUCAGUCCAGUCGAGUUGCCUUUUGGUGGAUACAAAAAGUCAGGAUUUGGCAGAGAAAAUGGUCGUGUGACAAUUGAAUAUUAUUCACAACUGAAGACUGUGUGCGUGGAGAUGGGCAAUGUUGAGUCUACUUUCUGA